CUGUUUUUUCACCCAACCUUACUUUAUCCAGCUAUUUACUUUUACAAAUGGAAGUUGUAUCGAGCGAACCUGCACAUAUUGAGGACAGUGUCGUGAGCACUAUUUCUGCCUCCAUCGAUACAUCCGCAUCCCAGAUAAGUGCUCUCUGCGACGAGAUUGAGCAAAUCGCCGACCACAUUGUCAAAAAGCGCAAGAGGGAGUCAAAUAAGGACUCUCGCUCCUUUAGCGCACAUCACAAUAUACUCCAAACAGCUACCGGCACAUUUGUCCGUUUGCGCUUGCUAAAUCGCAAAUUGCACGAAGACAAGGCCGCCCUUGCCCAGAAUGUGAACGAUAUGAAACAAUUGACCGACGACCUUGCUUUGCUUCUGGAGAACAAAGCGCGCGAGGUUGCGUACAUUCAGAAGGAAAUUGACUCUACUGAGAAGUUGGAGACCAUCUAUCAGACCAUCAAUAUCAUUCCACUAGACAGUUUUUUGGAGGAGGCACCCGAAGAGUACAAGCAGAACACAAACACGCCGCAUGAGAUGAUGCUCAGUCGUUUGCGCUACGAGAUCAAGCAGAGAGAGAUGUAAGUCAUUUUGGAUUUGGGGUUUGGCUGCUAGUUCUGUUCUGUCUAUGCUUUGUCGACUAGUUUUACUAAUAACUUGCGCUGAUGCUGCUGCUUUUUUGCUUUACUGAUUUGUUAGGCUUAUGGCAGCAAAGUCCGAAGCCAAGGCAAAGCGCGACGAGCUGCGCAAGAUAAAGCGUCGGCGCAUCGAUAAACUUGAAAAGAUUGACGGCCGUUUGCAGACGUACUUGAAGUCUCUGGAGUUGCUCGGCCGCUCUAUUGGCGCGACUGAGAGCGCGGAAGAGGAGGGUGAUGACAGUAUGAACCAAGAGUCGAAGCAUGGAGCUAAAGCCUCAGCCGAAGACGCUGAUGAACCGGUCAAGGAGCCAAAGCGAAUUCGCGAGAUCAGAGGCGGAGGAACGCCGCUGAGAGUGGGCACUCCUCGUAUGUGAGCUAAUGGCAGCCCAUUCACUUUUUAGUAAUCUAAUUGCAUUUCAAUAUCAAUUUCGAAGC